AUGAAUGAUAUACUGUAUAUCUAUGAUGAUGAACAGAAUACAUAUAAACCGUUCAAUGUGCUUGGAUAGUUCGGUAAGGUGAGAUAAAUUUGUAAAGGGUUUUCACCAAAUUCAUUUUAGAUACUCUCAGAAACAGGCUGCCUAUAUUAUAUCAGCUACGAGCUUUCCUUUUAUUAGCUACCCUUCAAGAAUGAAAAAAUUAAGUAUAUUACAACCAACAAAAAUGUGACAUUGGCACUUUCAUAUUCUGGGUAAGUUUAUUCAUUUGGAGAGGAUAAAAAUCAUUAUGGCACUCUUGGAAUUUCGAAGAUAUACUUUUUGCCUAUUCCAAGUAGGAUAGGAAAAGAUUUUAAGUAGGUGGCACUUUCUUCUCAUCUUGGAUGUGGACUUGACUAUUCAGGAAAAUUGUGGACAUGGGGAUAAACACCAAUUGGAAAUUCAGAAAUACCCUAUAUUGUUGGCCCCUUAACCAUAAAAAUUAAUAAAAUUUGUGCUGGAAAAGAUUACAUCUUGCUUAUUGAUGGAUCUUCUAAUAUUUUUUUAUUAUCAGAUUCCUUUAAAUCAAGUUUUUAUAGCAAUCAGAAAUGGAUGCUUUAGCAAUUCAAAUCAUAUACAAAUGAACAUCUUGUUAUUUCUGAAAUUUUGCCUAACGAUCGCUAUUCAUUUUUGCUCACAAGUUUAGAUAAAAAUGAAUUAUAUCUAUUAGUUUUAAGUGAACUAGUAAUCAAAAAGCUGGAUAUUAGAUUAAAAAUUCAUAAUGUUUCACAAAAUGACACUCAUCUAUUUUGUCUAACUGAAUUAUAAUAGUUUAUAAAAAUAGACAAAGCAAAUCUGUUCCAAAACGAAUAAAUCGAAAUGAAAGCUCUCUAUGAACAAAUUCGAUAUGAAAAUACAGAAAAAGCUAUGCAUACAGCAAUCUCCCCAUAAAAUAUUAUGAAAUUCACAUUAAACUCAAUCUAAGCCUUUGUUGUAGACAAAGAACGUUUUAUUGAUGGAGCCCAAAAAAAAGGAAUAUCAAGUGCGAUUCAAAAUUAUUCAUAAUAAUACUCACUAUCUGAGGCACAUAAAUAAGAGACCUAAUUAAAAUUGUCUAUAAUAAAUCAUUAAGUAAAUCGAACCCCAAGCAAAGUUGUGAUACCCUAAUAAAAGUCUAGAUUAUAUUAUUCCCCUUAGCCAAUAGUUUUAAAAUCUAAUAAAUCAGCAAUAACUCCUUUAAAGCAAUCUGCACUUCUCCCAAAAUCAUUUCUAUCUCGCACACCAAACAUGCAGCAACCUUUAGCUCGCUCUUUUGUAACUUACACCGAAAGCAGAACGAAAUCUCCUGUUAAAAAGGCUAACUUAAUGAGGCUUUUGAUCUAAGAUGUUCAACUUACUAUUAAUUCUGCGUAUAAUUACCCUUAAAUUGCAUUUGAAUUUAGAGAAAGAAUUUACUCAAACAGAAGCAGCUCUGCUUAAGAUAUAAGAUAAAUGAUAAAAGAGAUAAAUCCAAGAGCAAACAGUUCAGAAAAGGAUAAAAUAUAAGAAUUUAUCCACAAAGAAAGAACCUAUGACCAGGAACUGAAUAAAUAAAUGGAAACAGUAAGAUCUCAACUAGAAGGCCUGAAACGACUAUCUAAUCAAUCUGAUGAUAUAUUUGAAGAUGCAACAUCGAAAAAAAGAUAAAGCAUUGCUGAUGAUUUAUCAGUUGGAGAUUUUGGAACUCAGGAUAAAGAAUUCAAUUAAUUUUAAAGUAGAAUAUUAGGAACAAAAAAACAACUCUCAAAUCGAUAAAAUGUAUCACCUAUCAUCUAAUCUCCAGGAGUAUAAAGAUUUGAUGAAUCAUUAAAAAUUUUUGAAGAAGAAAUUUUAAUACGAAAUAAGUAGAAAUAGGAUAGAGUAUUAUUGAGAGAAAUAAUUUUCAGUGACUCUCCUGCAUAUGUAAAUGAUGAAAAUUUAUAUGCAGUAAGAGCUAAAGACUAAAUUUUAAUUGCAAGUCGAGUUAUAAACGAAGUAAUUGAUUAGAGUUGGGAAUUAACAAGCAACAAUAAAUAUAAAAAAGUUAUUUCAAAAAAUGAACCUAUAUAAUACUUAGAGGAAGAUAUUAAAAUACACGAGGGUAAUUGUAUCACUCGAAAAUAAAUUAGAAAAGCACCUGAAAUGCUUACUCUAGGAGAAGGUAUUAAUGAAGAAUAAUAAAAUGGUGAAGUUGUAGAAAGUAGACGAUUAGUUGAAAAUAAUGAAUCUUUGACUUAAAUGAGAGCAGAUGGUUGGAAUUUGGAGAACAUGCAAAGACUUGAAAGGAUUCUAGGAAAAGAACAAAUCUAAAUUUAAUAAAUAGAAAAUAGCUAAAAGGUUUUUGUAAAAAAAAUUACACCUUAAUAAAUGCAAAAUAAAGGAAAGGAUAAAGAAUAAAAAAGCGAUCCUGUUAAAUAUGUUGAAGAAGAAAUCUUAAGGUAUAAUAAGGAUACAGGAAAGAUGGAAAGAAUGUUAAUUAGAAAACCAUAUAAAGAAGAUAUGAAUGAAGAGAAUGAAUAAUAUAACUAAAAUGAAAUAAAAGUUAUUUCGAGAAGAAUAAUAGAUGAUUCUUAAACAAAAUAGUUCAUGUUAAAAAACGGAUGGUAACUUAAUUAAGAGGGACUUUUUUAAAAAUUAAUAUCAGAAUCAGACCCAGAAUAGUUUGUCGAAGAAGAAAUCUUAAUAUACAAUCCAGUAACAAAAAAAUAAGACAGAAAACUAGUUAGACGACCAUUCUUUGAUAUGCCAUUACAAGAGAUAAGUGAAGAGUUGGAUGAAGAUGGUGAUGUAGGGGUUAAAAUUAUUGCAAGAAGAAUUAUAGAAAAAGAUAAAAAUAUAUAAUAAGGAUAGGAAUGGUUGAAAAAUUAAGAAGGCAACUUCGAAUUAUAAAUUGAUUCAAUGUAAUAUGUAGAAGAGGAAGUAUUAGUAAAAGAUAACAAUGGAAAAAUAACACGUAAGCUUAUUAGACGACCGAUAGAAUAGUGUAAAGGUAAAGUAGGAAAUAAUUUAAAAGAAGUGGAUAAAAACGGAAAUGUUGUUAUAUCAAGAAAAGUUAUUGAAUAAAUAGGGAAUUUGAAAAAUUGGGAACAAAAUGGAAAAAAUUUUGAAAUGGUUUUGUCUGAGGAGCCUGAGCAAUAUGUUGAAGAAGAAAUAAUAAUAAUAAACCCAAAAACAGGUAAACAAGAGCGUAAAUUGGUUAGAAGACCUUAUGAAAAUGAUGAAGAAAUUGGGGAUUAAUUAAAUGAAUCAAUAGGUAAUAACUAAAAAAGUUGUGGCUCGAAGAAUUGUACAAAAUGA